AUGAUGGCGUUCCGUUCCCGAAGCCUUCGUUUCCUGAACGUCAAGCUCAUCCGCGGAAUACGGACGCAGGCGCAAUUCAACUACGUCCCUGAGGAUGAUUCAGGUGGAAGCCAGUUCUUUGCAAGACCUGCGGGUCUUGCGACUCCUCGACAGUUGGUCCAAUACUUGGAUGAGUUUGUUAUCGGUCAAGAGAACGCGAAGAAGGUCCUAUCUGUCGCUGUGUUCAACCAUUACAAUCGGGUGCAUGCGAACCUCUCGCAAUUGGAAGACCAAGAGGAAUCUGUGGAUUGGAAUGAUAGUGCAACAGACGAAAUACGGCUGGGAGUUGCUCCGGCUCAGUUACAUCCCCAUCCUUACCGGCUUCCAGCGUUAGCCAUCCCCUUGCAGGCCCGCCAACCAAUACCAUUGUUUGAGAAGAGCAAUGUUCUAGUGAUAGGUCCUACAGGAUCUGGCAAGACCCUACUGGCGAAGACUCUCGCGCGAGUGUUGGAUGUGCCGUUCUCAGUGAGCGAUGCAACAUCAUUCACACAGGCAGGGUAUGUAGGAGACGACGUUGACAUGUGCGUCCAGCGUCUGUUGCAAGAUGCUCAUUGGGAUCCGUACCGGGCGAGUACGGGCAUUAUAUACAUCGAUGAAAUUGACAAGAUUGCUCGGAAGUCUGGAAGCGGUGGCCUGGACGGGACCCGAGAUGUUGGAGGUGAAGGCGUGCAGCAGGCUCUACUUCGCAUGAUGGAAGGGACCGUCGUCAACAUACAGGCAAAGGGCUCUCACGCAACGGCACCUCCUAUAGGCGGUGAAGGACGCUCAAGAGCAGGUCAACGAAAUCUCAAUGUCAGUGGACCAAGGCCCGACUCGUUUGCGAUCGAUACGUCCAACGUGCUCUUCAUCUUGAGCGGUGCGUUUGUGGGACUGGAAUCGAUCAUCAAACGGCGAGUAGUGAAAGGGUCAAUUGGCUUCACGGCGAAUCUCUCGUCAGAGACAGAGGAGAUGUCGGACAAAUCCAUGCCAUUCUUCACUCCUAAUAAGAGGGCAUCAUCGACUGUGCUAGACCACGUGGAACCCGUCGACUUGGUGCAAUAUGGUUUUAUACCAGAGUUCAUUUCUCGGAUGCCUUCCUUAACGACCUUAUCCCCCUUGACCAUAGAGGAUCUUCGGCGGAUUCUGACGGAGGUCAGAGGAUCGCUGAUUUCGCAGUAUACCGCCCUCUUUGGAUAUUCCGGGGUUGAGAUCAGAUUCACCAGUCUUGCAUUGGAUGAAAUCUGCCGGAAAGCACUCGAACGAGGAGGUGGCGCCAGAGGGCUGAGAAGCAUCAUGGAAGCCCUGUUACUGGAGCCUAUGUAUGAAGCACCUGGUUCGAAUAUUCGACAUGUUCUUAUCACGGGGGCCGUCGCGCGAGGCGAGGCUUCAGCGAUGUAUUGGGGAAAGGGGGAGGCUUCUGUCUUCUGGUCGACAUGGGCAGAGGAAGAACAGGCAUAUCCAGUGAGGAGCCCAUAG